AUGAAAAAUGCAAGUCUGAAUAUUCUGAUGCUAGAUUACUGGAACCGUGAUACCAACACAUGGGGAAGCGUGAACGAUUGGGAUUUUUACUGGAUCGAAAAACGACCUUCAAUGAUGUCAAUCACUAAACACGAUUCACAUACGGCCUUGGCUCAUGAGUUAAGGUGUUUGAAACAAGUAUAUGAAGAUAACCAUCCUGCCUAUAAGAAGGCUUGUGUAUUGCAGGAUGAAUUACAGGGAAGUUAUCUAGUGAUGCAACCGUGGGUUGAGAAGGUUUUGCCGUGGGUAAAAUCGAUGGGUAGUGCCAUGUGGAACUCUUCACUUGAGCUAAACUCGUGGGCCGUGGCGUCACCGGGGGAGGGCCGUGGCAAAAAGGGAAGACAAGCAGUCCAUCAAAUAGCACGACGGGGAUGUCAAGCAUAUUCUGAUAUAGAAUUUGGUCCUGUGGAACGAGAGCAAAAGAGGAUUAGAGUGAAUGAAAAUGAGACAGUUGAAGAUUCCUCUCCCAUUACCAUUCCUCUAUACCAGUGUUCAUAUUCCUCAAAUAUCAAUUCUGCAACUCCAGCUGUUAAAUUUUCAGGACAUAAAGAACAAAGAGAUACCAUCGGUCUUAAAACCCCUUCUAAUGAUAGCACUGAAGUGCUUGAGGAUGACGAAGAAGUCAAAUUUAAUUUAGAAAAUAUUUCCAGUGAAUUGAAGCGCGAACCAACGGUUGAA